GCGAGCGAGACGGGUUGCGAGUGAGCCCCCAGCUGCUCCUGCUGCUGGUGGGUGGGUUGUUGUUAGUGUUCUUGUUGUGUUUGUUGUUGUUGUUGUGAUCUCCCGAGUUGGCCGCAUCGGUGCGAGUGGAGGGGAGCCGCGCGCCGAUCGCCUCUCGCCGAGUUUAGAUUCCCUAGCGCGCAUCGGAGUUGCCCGCGAGCGGCGAUCGCGCGAGUGCGCGCGCCCUCUCUCUAUCACGUGGCGCAUUCCUCGGCCAAUCGCAGCGCGAGCUCCAGCCCGCCCCGCGGCCUAUGCGCGCUACCAAAUCUGAGGCGCGUUGCGUGGCCCUUUAAACUGCCCCUCCCCCCCACCCCUGUGUCCCUUUAAGAGGGGCCCGAGGCGCCUUUAAAGCGGAGCUCCUUUAAAGCGGAGCGCGUUCACCAACGCACCGUAUCCGCGUGCACACACAGUCUUGUGAGAGCAACGCAAUCUUGUGAUCGUGUCUAAACCCACACCCCCGUGUUCCUUUAAGCGGUGCCUGAGGCGCCUUUAAAGCGGAGCGCCUUUAAAGCGGAGCGUGUUCACCAACGCAGCAGCGCAUCCGCGUACACAAGCACACUCCAUGGCAAGCAAAGAGCAACGCAAGCUUGUGAUCGUGUCUAAACCCCCGCCCCCGCGUGUGAAGUUAACGCGUCUUGUGCAAGCAUCUAAAGCGGAGGCUGUGAGACACGACGGGGUGCUUGCUGGGUGUUGUGGUCUUGGCUGAACACCGCCGGGGAGUUGUCGGCAAUGUUUUUGGCGCGCGUAUUCCUUUUUCAUUCAUUCGCGGCGCCGAUUUUCGAUUUGCAAUUAAUGGUUGCAACUUGAACAGGAGCGGUGUGAGCUUUGAAACUGGCGCCGGGGACCCGACCCACGUCUCAAGAACGCGUCUCGAGCGAGUGCGCCGUGACACUGCGGGGGUUAAGAGCGUGGAGUGGUUUUCUUGGCUUGUUUUUGAUUUCUCAUUCAGCUGCCGCCGCCGCUGCUGCGAGUGCGGAUUUCACUGCGGCCACUCGAGUUAUAACUCACUGGGUGGCUGUGACGGGAAUCAAACCCUCGUGUCCUCGCAAAGUGGCUCAGCGGUGAAGGUGCACAGUAAAACCCCAGGCUACCGCCCCCCCCGUCCUCACCACCUCGACCAAGCAGAGUCGAACCGAGUUUCUACGCUCUGGGGCUCGUGCGCCGCCUGUUAAUACAGAGCCGCUGCGAGGGGAACAGCGCUGCUGGCGUGCGGAAGGCGGUGCGCGCCCUGGCCCUGUCUACGCGACGCCGUGAAGCGGCGGCGGCAGCAGUCGCUUUGUCUUCUCAAGGCGGUUAUCGAUAGGGUUCUGUGCGACGGCGCGGCCGCACUGCAUCAUGGGAAAGGAAACCACCUCGCCGCAAUUAGGGGCGGCCGCAGCAACAGGGCAGAGUUUGGAAGCGUGAAACGUGCCAGCGACUCGGAACAAAGGCCCUCGGUUGUGACCCCGUUGAUUUGACGAGGGCUGAUGCAUUAAUUAAGAAGCCGAGAAGACCGGUCGGCUGAGCAAGAGGAGGAGGAGGCCCCUGCAAAAGGGAAUGUGGGGAAACGGCUGACUUAGAAUGCGUGCGUUUCUUCACGGUUCACUUUGAGUGUUAUUUUUUGUUCUUAUCGGGCGAAGGCUCGUGCAUCUCGACGGGCAAAAGAAAAUUUGCGCGAAAGAAAAUGCACGCGGGGAAAGUGCCGAGAAAAAUUGGCUUCGGAAGUAAAGCGCAAAAGAACAAAACAAUACUUUUGUAAGUUCCCCCGGCGUGUGCAGCCAGACCCACCUCUGAAUGUCAAGGCGUAGUUUUUUUUUUCUCCUCUGUGAAGUCCGGCGACGUUGGGACGCGGCCAAGAUCGCCGAGGCAGUUGAGUGCUGCGCACCGACCGUGAGCGCCGUUGCAUUGUGGCGUCCACUCUCGCACGGGGCAACCGAGGUCCGCAUGCGCAAAAAUAGAUUUUGGCCGAAAGCGGGCAGAGACAUUGACUUUCCGUUACCGCGCCAUCUCGCCAGCCGCCGCGUUUAGACGCCCAGGACGGCAAUGGACGCGGGAUAAACCGGGACUCGUCCGUCCAUCCUUCGGCAACGCCCGUCCCUCCAGCCGACCCGUCGAUCGACGAGCAACGCGAGUGAACCCGAGCGACCCGCGCGGCCGAAACGCGCCAACGACAUGGGCGCACGCCGGCCCUGACGGCGCCCGACUCGCCGCUUCCCCCCUUCCCCCGCCACACGAGACUUUUUCCAGGCACGCGAGCAAGCGAGCGCUUGCAGCCGCAGACCCCGGUCGCCUCUCCGUCUCCGGUUGUAGCCACGUGGGGCCGCUCUGCCACGCUCAGCAGAGGCGGUGGUGGUUGCAGCGAUGCCGUUUUAAGCCGAGUGACGCGGACGUCGGGAUUCCUGUGGAUUUUCUGCGCUAUUUUAAAGCGUCACAAAAGGAGCCGAUCUUCGCUCUCAUCGCCUUCUCUCCCGAGGGCCACAAGAACCCCGGAGAGCUUUGUUUUUUUCCCCUUCUUCCCCACCCCGCACCCCCGCCGUCGUCACAACCCCAUCACCAGCCGGCACAGCAUUGCUCCCAGCGACGCCCGCUCCCCUCGUUUAAGCUCGUGGCACCGGUCUCCUCGAAUCGCAUCAAGGCAUGUCGUGGAUGCGGAGCCUCUUUCAGCCGGGCGGGGGGCGGCCUGGCGGGGGGCGCCCCGCGGGCUCCACCCUGCGCAGGGGCCACCUCCUGGGCAGCGUGACGUCGCUGGCGGCCGCCAAGGGCCUCCUCAACGAGCCCGGCCAGAACAGCUGCUUCCUCAACAGCGCCAUCCAGGUGCUGUGGCAGUUGGACGUGUUCCGGAGGAGCUUCCGCCAGCUGUCUGGGCACAAGUGCCUCGGAGACUCCUGCAUAUUCUGCGCUCUCAAGUCCAUGUUCAGCCAGUUUGAGUACAGCGAGAAGAAGGCGCUGCACUCGGACGCGCUGCGCUCGGCGCUCGCCGAGACGUUCAAGGACGAGGACCGCUUCCAGCUGGGCCUCAUGGAGGACGCGGCCGAGUGCUUCGAGAACCUGCUGCUGAGAAUCCACUUCCACCUGGUGGGCGACGUGCGGGAAGACCUGUGCACCGCACGCCACUGCGUUACGCAUCAGAAGUUCGCCAUGAACAUGUUUGAGCAGUGCGUGUGCAGCCGCUGCGGGGCCACGUCGGACCCACUCCCCUUCGUGCAGAUGAUCCAGUACGUGUCCACCACGGCCCUCUGCGAGCAGGUGCACAGCAUGAUGGAGCGCCAGCAGGAUCACUUCCACCCGGACAUGUUUGGGGACGUCCUGCGGCAGGCGAGCACCGCCGGGGACUUCAGAGCCUGCCCCAGCAACUGCGGCGAGCGGCAGGUGCGUCUGCGCAAGGUGCUGAUGAACUCCCCGGAGAUCGUGACGCUUGGACUCGUGUGGGACUCGGAGAACUCUGACCUCUCCGAAGACGUCAUCCGCAGCCUGGGCACGCGGCUGCAGCUGUCCGAACUGUUUUACCGUGUGACGGACGACAAGGCGAAACGCACGGAGCUGUGGCUGGUCGGCAUGGUGUGCUACUAUGGCCACCACUACUCCACCUUCUUCUACCACACGCGCCUGCGCAAGUGGAUCUACUUCGACGACGCGGAGGUCAAAGAGGUCGGCUCCAAGUGGAAGGAGGUGGUGUCCAAGUGCAUCAGGAACCACUACCAGCCCUUGCUGCUGCUCUACGCAGACCCCAAGGGCUGUCCCGUGUCCACGUCCGAGGCCCCCACCGAGACCAUGUGGCUGGGGCCCAGCCGGCAGCGCUUCGGCAGCGUGGACUCUGGUCGAGAGCCGUCCAUCUCCAGCGACUCCAAGACGGACUCGUCCAAUGAGUGCCUGCUGCAGCCGCACUCGGACUCGUCCGACUCGCAGACCACGGUCAUCCACAACGCGGGGCACGACGUGCCGCACGCCGUCGCGAGCGUCGCUGCCGCGAGCGCCACCGCCGCCGGAAGCGGCAGCGGCAGCAGCAAGGCCGCAGAAUCCCCAUCGCACGAGCGGAACCGGCAGCAGCGCAGCAACAAGGGCGGUAGCGCCGAGAAGAAGCGCAGCCAGAGCAGGCCGGCGCGCGUCGGCAGGGACGGCGACCCGUCGCCGCAGUCUGGCUACCACAGCGACGGGGAGGCUCUGAAGGAGAAGUCGCGUUCCCGGCAGAAGUCGGACGACGCCAAACAGAAGCCAAAGCAGGAAACCAAGCAGCAGCAGCAGCAGCCGCAGGAGCCACCCCGCAAAGACAGCGGCGGCCACCGCUCCGGUACCGCGGCAGAUCCUGCGUCGGCCCUGCCAACCGCCGCGCCCUCCGCGCCGAAGCCUCCUGCGGGCUGCGCCGACAAAGAACCGCGGCCGCGCGGAAGCAGCGGCGGCGACGCCAAGGCGGAGUCGCGGUCCGGCUCGGCGGAGGGCAAGCCCCAGCGCGGCGUGCGGGGCUGGCGGCCCAACCGCGAGGCGCUCAACGUGGACAGCGUGUUCUGCGAGCGGCGCGAGAAGCGCGGCGGCGUGGCGGCGCCGCCCGCGGGCAGUCCCGCGCGGCCCGGCGGCGCCGCGGGCGCCGCAAGCAGCGGCGGCAGCAGCAGCAGCGGAGCGAGCAGCAGCGGCGGCGGUGGCGGCGGCGGAGUCUCGGUCGGAGGGGGCGGCGGCGGCGGUGGAGGAGGAAGCGGCGCAGGCGGAGGAGGGGGUCCAGCUGACGGCGCCGUGGUUGGGAAGACGGAGCAGCCGGAGAGAGCGAGGAAGGCUCCGCACGCCGACGGCAAGCUCCCGAAAGCGGGGGAAAAGAGCGCCGAGGAGGAGCGGGACUGGCUCAACGGGCCCCUGCUGCGGAUCGAGUCCGGCUACGACAGCGGCGACCGCUGCAGCAACAGCUCGGCCAGCCUGGACUUCUCCCCGCUGGCGGAGCUGGCGCUGGGCGGGUCGCACGGGGACGCGCACGCCGCCACCGACGCCCUCAGGCCGGGCCCGCGGGCUCGGGGCGACGUCACCGGCGACCACGGCGGGGACAGUGUCGCCUCGUCCGACCCGGACUCACCGCACCUCCUGUCGCGGCACGCCUGGCCCACGCCACAGCCCAAGUCGCCCACGGUCCCGUGGACGACGUCUCAGAUACGGAGGGCUGCCAUUGGCGCAAAGGAUGAUGGGAAAUCGACAGCGGAGGACGUCGCAGCUCCGGAAAUGACGUUUAACCCCAAGCCGUCGAAAUUCAUGGACCUUGACAACCUGAGCAUACCAGCAGACAGCCAUGAGGAGUCUGCGGAGGAAGGCGGCAGUCCGACCGAAGCGGCCGGUCAGCUGGAAGCGUCGGAAGGCCUUGGCAUCACUGUCUACCAGUACGUGGACCCUGCAUCUAACCACCCCCUCGCCGCUCCUAACACUCGGGGCCGCGCCAUGGACACUGCGCGGGACCCCCUCCUCUCCUGGCCAGACGGCCGGCCCGCUCACCCUGCCCCCAGCCGGAUGGCGGAUCAUCCGCUGCUACAGCCGCAAGGUGCAGAUGUAGCAGCGCAGCGUGGCCCCCCCCUCCCCGUGACGGACGGCCCCCCCGUGUCGCGCGCCGGGGCCGCCUCUGCCGCCUCUGCCGCCGCCCGCCUCUCCCAAGCGACGCAGACGUGUGGGCCGGGGCCCUGCGACGAGUGCGGCCACGCGCGGGGCGCGGGCGCCGUCUACGGCGCCCGCUACCUCCUCUACGGCCCCCCGGCCGAGCACCACCCGCUCCCUCCCUCCUCCUCCUCUUCCUCCUCGUCCUCGUCCUACGCCAGGAUCUCCUCGUCGAGCGACCGCCUCUCCGGCGAUCGCCUCUCUCCGUGCGGCGGCGGCGGAGAGGGAGGGGAGCGGCCGCCCCUGGCGCGGACCAAAAGCGACCUCACCGCCAACCGGCGGCAGGCGCCGAAGGAGCUGGCGCCGGGCGGCUUCCGGACGGACGGCCGCCUGUCGCUUAGCGCGUCGAGCGUGUACCGGCCGCGCUGGGCCGACGCCGGCGCCCACCUGCGGCAGAGGCGCAUCGCCUUCUCGCUCCCGGCGACCGAGGCGGCGGGCGGCGCCGGCGACGAGCCACUGCGGCGCUUCCCGUUAGCGGGGGCGCCGCGACCCGCGGACUUCGGCGCGGGGGCGCGCGGGUCGGACGCGGCGGAGUCGCCCGUCUCGCCGCGGAGAGCCAAGCCGGGCCCCCGCGGGGCGCCGCUGCGGCUGUCCUACGAGUCGGUGCACUACCUGGUCGGCUGCCCGCAGAACCUGCCGGGCCAGUGGCGCGCGGAGCGCGGCCGCGGCGGCGUCGGCGACGGCGGCGCGUGGGUCUGCGUGAAGGAGCCGCCGACCCCCCCUCCGUCUCCUCUCCCUCCCCUCCCUCCCGCCCUUCCCGUGCUGGCGUCGCGGCCGCCGCCGGGCGAGCGCCCGCGGAGCCUGACGGAGGCGGCCGUGCCCAGCGUGCGCUCGCUCAUCGAGCAGUUCCAGGACGCGUGCUGGGGCGGCCCCGUCUCCCCGCAGCUGCCGCUACAGCGCCUGGGAUUCCUGCGCCAGCAGCAGCCGCAGCAGCAGCAGCCGAGCAUGGGCGGUGAUGGCGAGCGCAGGACUUUGGAAGCGGCGUCGCGCGAGAGUAGCGUUGGCAGUGUCGACUGCGGCGGCGGCGGUGGCGGCGGCUGCUGCUGCGAGGGCGGCGCGCACGCACGGCGGACUCACCGUAGCGGAGCCCUGGCCGACGCCGCCACGCAGUGCGAGCGGCCCGGGGAGCCCGGCCUCGACAGCCGGCGGCUCGGCCCCGCCGCGGCGGCGAGCGAGGGCUCCCCGUGGCUGCCGUGGCACCGGCAGCAGCGGCGGCGGCGGGAGUCGGCGGGGGCGGACGAGAGGGACGGCGCGGAGGCCGAGGUGUCGGACCUGGAGUCGCUGUACCGCGCCAGCCUGCGGGCCGGACACGGCGCGGCACCGCGGGGGGCGUCCGGUAGGACGGCCGGGACGCAGGACGGGGCGCGGCAUCCGUCCCCCACCUCCGCAGCGAGUCCCGGUUGGCGCAAGCAACACUCGGGCCCGGCAUACAGCGUGGCGCUGCGGGCCCGGUCUCGCACCUCGGCUCCCGCCGCCGAAACACUCGCCGGCGUGCAGGACGCCGUGGGGGCCGCCGCCGCUGCCGUGGAGGAGCCGUCCUUCGUGAUUUAAGGCGCCGGCGGAGGCGCAGCAGCGACAAGCGAACGGCGGCGACCGCCACCCCGGCUGCUCACUCGCCGACCGCUCCCGCCCCGCCACCAUCACCGCCGCCCCCUCGCGCGACCCCCCUCGCCGAGGGGCGGCUGCUCCCCGGCCGGGCUGCAGUCGCCGUGAAGAACGGGGAGUGGGGGUUGCGCAGAGAUGCACGCUUGCAUGCCGACGUAGAGCGCCACAAAGCAGUGAACUGGAUUCACAGCUCCAGCCCCCCCAUCGCUGCUAGACCAUUCACCGCCAAUCAUUUCACGUUGAUUAGUGGGUUUUAAUUAUUCUACGAUUUUUUUUUCUUUCUCUUAAGAUAGAAGUUGUAAUCACAAUGAACAGCGUGGCUUUUGUAGUCUUAGGCGUGGCUUUGUACACUUAGCAGUUCCGCUCACUGCCCACUGAGCCAGAUCGCAAGUCGACGGUUUGAUUCCUGUGCGCACCGAACCCAGCGAACCGAGUUAGAUUCCCGUGCCACGGCUAACAUCGGUGGCAAGUGAUACCUGUACUGUUUCGGAGCCUCCCAAUUCACCAACCUGCACUGACCAGCGUGGUGAAGUAUGGCACAACAGCCCCCAAGACUGACGUGGUGUGGGGGAGGCCUUCAUCUAGCAGUGGAUUGACAAAGCACUUCUCAAAGUGUAUAUCAGUGACCACUAUGGAGACGCUACAGAUCCCAGGACAUUAUCCACAAGUGAACAUUUCUCACCAUGGCCCCUUUAAUAUUAUUUUCCAAAUGUAACAAUAAGAUGGAGUUCUUCCCUUCAAUAUACAUACAGUUGGCUGCGAGUUGCUUAAGGCCCCCGGUUAAGUGAUUCGCUGUUCAUCGCCGAAGCAUCGCGUAAUAUAUACGCGUGUCCUUCGCCAUUCUUAGGACCGCGGUUGUGUGGACUCCUCGUGCGAUUUCCACCAUCGUCUCUGCCCCCCCCCACCCCCCAACGUCGAAUCACAACGCCAAAUCGGGAUAGGCUGGUUCAAUCCCGGUGGCAUUCCAACAUGGUGGUAAGGGUCGCUGUUGUUAUUUUUUUCCCGUUUUGCCACAUAAGUAGCCAUCGUCGUCAGCCUCACUUUCGUCCCCCGUCACCUCCAAACGCGUGACCCUUGCGAAGCUCCCCCCUCUCGUGUGUCCGCUGUCGCCGAGAGUCCAGUUCGCCGCUCCGAGUGGCCGCCGCGGUGAUGAUGCCUGUUGUUCCCUUCGCCCACUUACUCCCUUGCCCCAAGCCGCCCCCGGUUCCUGAAUGCCUUCUAAAAGACCGAAGCAUUUUACGCAUGGCAACCCGCACGCAAGAAAACUCCUCCCCAACCCUCCCUUUUAAACGAGCAGAUGACUGCAGCAGCAACAACAGAAACAACAACAAUAAUAAUAAGAGAUAAUACUGUAAAUGAAAUGAAUUAAUCGUCACCUUGCACUACACUAAUAGGCGUGUAAAUAUAACGCACGCGCGUACUUACACCUUCAAUGGGGCAUUGCAUUGCACAGAAAGCGUGGUUUCACUGCAGGUCUCUCUAGUCUUUAACGGCUGCAUCUGUCGUGCACGAAUGUUUCUACGUUUGUAUGCAACACAAAGUAUCGUUUGCGAGCGAGGUUGAGGUGUAGUGCAUGCGGGUAAUGGCAUUUGAUCCGAAAACCUAAGAUUUGGUGCUGGCAUUAAUAUUAUUACUGUUAGUAUCAUAUUAUAUUUAACGUACAAAAAUAAUGUAAAAAAAUUUGAAAGUUUAAAGAAAUGUACAAUAGCAUGUCUAUUAAACUAGAUAUAACUUUUUAUCAGUACUUUAUGGAAUCACGCGGUUAAUCAACCUUCCUUUAUACUGUUUCUUGCUAAGGUCACCUGAAAAAAAAACUACCUUUUGUAAAACUCACUAAAUAAACUAUUUACAGACGAAUCACUCCUGUAAAUAGACGUAACCCAUACGUGUACAUACUAUAGCUAUAUCUCCCACGCUGUUGUAUUAUUUUAGAGGCUUAAAAGAGAGCAGGUUAACUGCAUAUUUUUGGUAUUUCUCGUGAAAGGAUCUUUGUAACGAAGCUGCUUGGACUGAAUCGUCGUUUGAAGUUCACAGCUGUAUAUUGGAAAGAUUUCACUUUUUUUUAUCUGAAUGCAAAGUGUUUUCCCCCCCCCACCCCACCCUCUUUUACGUCUAUAUUUUUUAUUUGGUUAUUUAUUUUAUUUUUUGUUUACGGAAGUCGUCCAGUUUUUUUGUGUUUGGAAAGAAAAUGUUUGACUGUUCAUAAAAAAAAUAAAAAUAAAACGAGAAUUAAAAAAAACAUCGAUUUAUCCCAGACACCGACGGUGACAAGGCGAUGAAGGUGUACAGUCGAGCACAAAACACACGCACACGCGCGCCCACCUCCUCCCCGAGUGGUACUCGCUGUACAACUCCCAUCCAGAAAACACGUAAAGCAGUUUUAUGAUGCCUUUUAUUAAAGGUUAUGUUGCAAAUCUU